AUGGCCAGGCCACGGCGAACAGGCGGGUCCGUCGAUGCACCUGACCAGGCAACGCAAGUCCACCAACCGCGCGGCUCGCAUGCGUCGACAAGAUCGAUUCAGGUGCUGCCGUGGCGUUCCUGCGCGCCGACGACACAGGCCGGAAGCAAAGUAGAACGCAACGAUCUCCUUGUCCGACUCGGUGGCCCUCGAACGUCGAUGUUACACGCCAGGCCAGACCGGACGUCGUCGUGUUGGCCGCACCUGGAGCAGGGCUCGCUCGGUUCCGGCUCCCCGCCCUCGGAGACGAACGAGCCGCCGAGGCCUCCGGCUGUGUUCAACGAAGCCAGAUCGUCGCCGAAAGAUGCGGUGGUGGCGGCUGCACUUGGACGCGAGAGCGCACCAGGGGUGAAAGCCUCGUCCGCCGCCCAUUACAACAUGGUGUGGCGGCUGGCGCUUGACGCAGUGAAAGAAAGGCCACCUGCGUGCGCGUCAGCCGGUACGCAAGGACGUCAAGCCAUCAUAGACCAUGAUUCGAUACGGUACCGGUACCGGCCGGGCAGCGGUCAAAAAGACGCCGCAGCCCAAAGAGUCGCAACGGCCGCGUCUCUAUGGUCACAGUACGCCCUUUGUUGCGCGCCGGAAAGCUCGAGCGCUGUGGCUCGAUCCUUGGCUUGGCCGCCGCAGCAGCGCAUGCUCCCCCGCGCGGGCUAUUUCGAGGCAGGCUGUCCCCCUUGGACGGACGGACGGAGCAUCGUCGGCCGGCGGCUCGAGGUGCUGUGCGUCGUUGGAGCCGCUCGGCUGCCGUGA